AUGGAGGCGCAUCUGAGAGUUGUUGGCCCAAUGAACGGGAAAUUUGUAUUUCAUAAACGCCCCGACGGCACCAUUGACAAAGGUAAAGUGGUCUGCCUAGAGUGUAAGAAGGAGUUUGCUUACCACCGAAGCAGCUCAAGUUUGGCCUAUCACCUCAACGCAAAGCACCCAGCCGCGAGUGCAGCAACAGCUAGCAGUGAAGACGUUAGCAAUAUAGCAAGCCAGAGCAAAGCUUUUCGCCAAACAAAACUAGAGAAUACCCCUCGUAUGAGCAAGUCUGCAACCGACAGGCUGACUAAUGUUAUUGCCAAGUGGAUAGCGAUGAACUGUAGGCCGAUAAAUAUAGUAGAGGACGAAGGAUUGACAGAGGUGUUGCAAAUUGCGUCCAAUGACCCGUCAUACAAGCCGCCGUGCAGGACUACAGUAACGACCAAAAUCAGCAAAAUGUACGACGGCGAAAAGAAAAACAAACUUGAGAUUUUGGCGGAGGAUUCUCCCAACUGUGUUGCUAUAACCGGAGAUCACUGGACCUCAGCUGGCAACCACAGCUAUUUUGGGGUGACUGGACACUUUAUUGAUAGUGAGUGGAACCUCAACUCAUUUGCACUGACCGUCAUGAGAACAGAAACCAGGCACUUUGCUGAUAAAUGCGCCGAACAGUUCCUCAAGGUAGCAAAUGACUGGGGUAUUGAAAACAAGAUAUCCACCAUUGGCACAGACAGCGCAGCAAACAUGCUGGCUGCUAUGAGAGCACUUCCAUAUGAGCACAUCGCCUGCAAUGCUCACAUUCUCCAGAGGACCAUCACGGUAUGUCUCGAUAGCAGUGGUUUUGUCGGUGUACUGGCAAAGUGCCGCAAGAUUGUUGGUCAUUUUAAACAAAGCCCUGCGAGUACCACAGAACUUAACCAACAACAAGUAGCACUCGGAAAGAAGAGCGAUCAACUUAUACAGGAUGUACCCACCAGGUGGAACUCGACUCUCGCAAUGGUCUCACGCCUCCUAUGUAACCGAGAGGCUGUCCAGGCUACGUUGGACCAACAGAACCACAGGUUGGUCUUGCCAACCGAAGCUGAGUGGGCGAAACUGCAGAGGCUGGAGCUCCUGCUUGAACCAUGCAAGUAUGUGACAGAGCUGCUGGGUGGUGAGGCCUACGUCUCUUGCUCUGUAGUGCUGCCUGCUUUUCGCCAUCUGUACCGUGUCAUGGACAUUACUGAUGAUGAUCCUGCCUAUGUGGUGAAGUUCAAGAAUGCCUUCCAGAAGGAUCUGGCAGCACGACGAGCUAAUGGCAACGAGAUAUGGUUCGAGGUGGCCACAGCAUUGGAUCCACGGUUUAAGGAUUUGAAAUGUCUUCCAAGAGAAAAGAGGGAACAGGUGUGGACCAUUCUGGAGAAUAUGCUCCAGGCAGCAGAGCCCAGAAGAGCAGAUAGUCUCCAGCCCUCCACAGAGGAUGAUGGACCAGCUCAGAAGAAGAGGAGGAGCGAACUCCUUCUGGGGUCUGACUCUGACUCAGAAGAUGGAAUUGAGUCUGGAGAGCUGCAGCGCUACAGAGCAGAACCCAGCAUCAGUAUUGAUGACUGUCCCCUGCAGUGGUGGUAUGCUCACUCAGGAGUCUAUGAAAAGCUGUCAGUCCUAGCACAAAAGUACCUGGCCUCCCCAGCUACCUCUGUACCCUGUGAGAGACUCUUUAGCCUUGCAGGCUACAUAGUGCAAAAGAAAAGGGCAGCCUUGCUUCCAGAAAAUGUUACCAGGCUGGUGUGUCUUAGCGACUGGCUGAGGAAGAAGAAAUGA